AUGGAUGAGGAGACAGGAGAUGUGUCAGAUGUGUGCCUGGAGCUUCCUGCGUAUGCUGUUCGGGCAGGGGCACGGGAGAACAUACUGAUGGACCCAGCAAAAGUCACUGCUGCGAUUGUGACUUGUGGUGGGCUGUGUCCAGGCCUGAAUAAUGUUGUUGCUGGCCUUGUGAACAAAUUGAUGGACUAUGGUGUCAAGGGAGGGAAUAUUCUGGGAAUCAGGUAUGGUUUUCGAGGCUUUUAUGACAAAGAAUUUAAACCUGUGCUGCUGACCAAGGAGUCUGUGGAUGGGCUCCAGUUGCUUGGGGGUACCAUUCUUGGAACGUCACGUGGUGGUGCAAACAUGCGGGAAAUCGUCAAGAAGAUCGACAUGUGGGGCAUCAACAUGCUCUUUGUGGUUGGCGGCAAUGGUGGAAAUGCUGGUGCCAAUGCCAUCCACCAAUCCUGCAAGAAGAGUGAUGUGCAUUGUGCGGUUGUGGGCAUUCCAAAGUCUAUUGACAAUGACAUCUUGCUGAUCGACAAGUGCUUUGGCUUCGAUACUGCUGUUGAAGAGGCUCAGCGCGCCCUUCUGGCAGCCAAAGUAGAAGCCUCCAGUGCUUACAAGGGAAUUGGCCUGGUGAAGCUCAUGGGGAGGCAAAGUGGAUUCAUCGCCAUGCAAGCAUCACUGGCUUCAGGCGUGGUCGAUGCAGUACUUAUCCCUGAGGUGCCAUUUGAAAUCUAUGGGCCGCAUGGACUCUUCCACUACCUUGAGGGCGUAAUCCAGCGCAAGGGCCAUGCAGUUGUGUGUGUCGCUGAAGGUGCUGGACAGACCAUUGUUGCCCAAAGCAGCAAAGCAUCUGAACCACCAGCGACGGAUGCGAGCGGCAAUCCUAUCCUCAUGGACAUCGGCAAGUUCCUUCGCAAAGAGAUAAAGUCAUAUUUCAAGGGCGCAGAUGUCAAGUACAUUGACCCGACGUACAUGAUUCGAGCCAUCCCCUGUGCUUCUACCGAUCGCAUCUACUGCAAGAUCCUGGCCCACAAUGCUGUGCAUGCCGCGUUUGCUGGCUACACCGGCAUCACAGUGGGUCUGGUGAACACACAUUAUGUGUAUCUGCCGAUCCCUGUCGUCAUCGCAGCACCCAGAACGGUGGACCCAAAGGGAAAGAUGUGGAACAGGCUUCGGGCAUCCAUUGGCCAGCCCACGUUUUCAUCCGAUGAUGACCCCUUCUCGUCCUUGAUGAGUGAAGAUUCCGGUACAAUGGAAGGAGCGGUUGGAGUGUGA